AAUGGUUUCAUACAACGACAUACUCAAAGCAACGGACGGGUUUUCAGAAGCCAAUCUGCUUGGGAAGGGAAGAUAUGGUACUGUAUACAAAGGCACUCUAGAAAAUUUUGCUGCCGCUGUGAAGGUGUUUAAUCUGCAGCAAUCUGGAUCCUACAAGAGCUUCCUGGAUGAAUGUGAGGCACUAAGAAGAGUUAGGCACCGUUGCCUUGUAAAGAUCAUCACAUGUUGUUCAAGCAUCAACCACCAAGGCCAUGACUUCAGAGCGCUAGUCUUCGAGCUCAUGCCCAAUUUCAGCUUAGACCGCUGGAUCCACCCAGAUAUUGAAAGCCAAAACAGAAUGGGAACACUCAGCCUGUCACAGAGGUUAGAUAUCGCCGUUGACCUCGUGGAUGCUAUAGACUAUCUUCACAAUGGUUGCCAACCUUCCAUCAUCCAUUGCAAUCUCAAGCCAAGCAACAUUCUUCUCACAGAGGACAUGAGGGCUCGUGUUGGGGAUUUUGGCAUUGCUAGAAUUCUAAAAGAAGUUGCAAGCGAAGCUUCUGCAAGUUCCCUUAGCUCCAUGGGAAUAAGAGGAUCCAUCGGAUAUGUUGCUCCAGAAUAUGGAGAAGGGCUCCCAGUAUCUACUUAUGGUGAUGUGUACAGCCUUGGGAUCACCUUGAUCGAGAUGUUUACUGGAAGGUGCCCGACAGAUGAUAUGUUUAGAGAUGGGUUAACCCUGCAAUACUUUGCAGAGGCAGCAGGUCUAUCUGGGAAUGUCAUGGAGAUAGCAGACUCCAACAUCUGGCUGCAUGAUGAAGCAAAAGAUAGCACUAAUACAGAAAAUAUAACCAGAGCCAAGGAAUGUUUGGCUGCCAUCAUCCAGCUUUGUGUCCUAUGCUCAAAGCAAUUGCCCAGAGAAAGGAUGUCAACAAGUGAUGCUGCUGCAGAGAUGCAUGCCAUCAGAGAUGCCUACCUCGGUAGUCAGUGAAGUGAUGUUAAAUCAUAUGAAGAAACCACUACCAAAUGCCGAUAACCAUGGGUUCUCCAAGUAUAUUAUUGAGAUCUGUACUAUAUUGUGAUGUAAAGUCUAUCAACUGGUACUGUAUUAUUCACUUUAUACACGUUAUCAUUUGUGACAGCAUUGCUGUGGUCUAGGGUAUAAAGAACACAAGAACAUAUGCCUUCCAUCAG